AGCUUUGGGCGUCCGCGGGACAUCAUGGAGAGCCUGGAGAAGCAGCUCAUCUGUCCCAUCUGCCUGGAGAUGUUCACCAAGCCGGUGGUGAUCCUGCCCUGCCAGCACAACCUCUGCCGCAAGUGUGCCAAUGACGUGUUCCAGGCCUCCAACCCGUACCUGUCGACGCGAAGCGGCACCACUGUGGCGUCUGGAGGCCGCUUCCGCUGCCCGUCCUGUCGGCACGAGGUUAUUCUGGACCGACAUGGAGUUUACGGACUGCAGAGGAACCUGCUGGUGGAAAAUAUCAUCGACAUGUACAAACAGGGGAGCACCAGCAAGCCGGUCCCGGAGGUGAAGCUGGACCAGCCCAUGUGCGAGGAUCACGAAGGCGAGAAGAUCAACAUCUACUGCGUCACCUGUGGCAUCCCCACCUGCUCUCUCUGCAAAGUGUUCGGAGCUCACAAAGACUGCCAGGUGGCCCCGCUCAACGACAUCUUCAGUCAGCAGAAGGCAGAACUGGCCGACUGUGUAGCCAUGCUUGUUGGGAACAACGAGAGGAUUCAGGCCAUCAUCAGCCAGCUAGAUGAAACCUGCAGAGCUGUUGACGAGAACGGUCGCAGGCAGAAGUCCAAGGUGUGCGAGAUGUUCGACCACCUGUUUGCUCUGCUGGAGGAGAGGAAGGGAGAGAUGACGGUCAGGAUCAACGCCGAGCAGGAUGAAAAGCUCAGCUACAUCCGCAACCUGACCAAGAAGUACACCGAGCACCUGGACAGCACCGCCAAGCUGGUGGAGACCGCCAUCCAGACCAUGGACGAGUCCGAGAUGGCCGUGUUCCUGCAGACUGCGAAACCUCUGCUUCAGAAAAUUGUGGAGGGCACCAGCACCUCUCACCUGGACAAGGUUCAACGAGGUUACGAGAACAUGGACCACUUCACUGCCAAUUUCGAACUCCAGAGGAAAGCACUGAGCCAAGUGGACUUCAUCAAACUUGAUGAAGACGAUGACGAUGAUGAAGACGAGGUGGAGAUCAGAUCGUCAGCGGGAAGUCGGGCUGAGUCACAUCAUCAUGUCGGACCUGUGGCGGCUGCUUCCAGCCAACCCCCUCCUCAGUCACCUGUGCCACCCACGCAGAGGCACUCAGAGGCCCCGCCCACCCCGAGGCCCUUAGAGACCCCGCCCAUCCCGAGAGCCCUAGAGACCCCACCCAUCCCGAGAGCCCUGCAGACCUCCCCCACCCCGAGACGGCUGGAGGCGUCACCCACACCACCCUCGCACACAAAGAAUCCGUCGUCGUCCGGCCCGGCGCCGUCCCCGCUGCCCCUCCCCACAGCAAGCUCCGCCUCCCAGUCUGACCAGCAGAGUGAGGCGGACGACAAAGACGGACCGAAACAUGUUUUCUCUUUCAGCUGGCUCAACCAGAAAUAACGCCCAGAUCAUUGUGAGGUGCUCCUCCUCCUCCUCUUCCUACUCAUCCUCUUCCUCUUCCUGCACCUUCUCCUCCUCCCCUUUGCUACAUUCUAAUAGUUUUCGCACUGAAAAAAACAACAAUAAAAAGUUUUUUCCUUCAUUUUUCCUCUGGACUCAUCCAGAAAUAUGCAUGAGACAUUUUUUUAAGUCCUUGCUCACAGGAAGAAAUUGUUUAAAUUUUA